AUAAAUAUUCAAAUAACGUCUCUCUUCCUCGUCUACGAUCGGAAAGCUCCAGAAAACCCAGCAAUGGCGGAUCAGCUCACCGACGAACAGAUCUCCGAGUUCAAGGAAGCUUUCAGCCUCUUCGACAAGGAUGGCGAUGGAUGCAUCACCACUAAAGAGCUGGGGACAGUCAUGCGGUCACUGGGGCAGAACCCGACAGAAGCGGAGCUCCAGGAUAUGAUACACGAAGUAGACGCGGACGGUAACGGUACCAUAGACUUCCCCGAGUUCCUGAACCUGAUGGCACGUAAGAUGAAAGACACCGAUUCCGAGGAAGAGCUGAAGGAAGCCUUCAGGGUUUUCGACAAGGACCAGAACGGGUUCAUCUCCGCGGCGGAGCUCCGUCACGUGAUGACGAACCUCGGGGAGAAGCUAACGGACGAGGAAGUGGACGAGAUGAUCAGAGAAGCCGACGUUGACGGUGAUGGUCAGAUCAACUACGAGGAGUUUGUCAAAGUAAUGAUGGCAAAGAGACGACGGCAGAGGAUAGCAGCGAAGCGCCACAAUUCCGAACCCAAAGAAGAGAACCGUCGCCGCAAACAACGUUGUCUUAUCCUCUAAGUCUCUCUCUCUCUCUCUUAUUACACUAAUACUACUACCAUACAUCGUAUCAUAUUAGUCUUUGUGAAACAAGACAUACUCAAAUAUAAUUCGGUCGAAUGAUCAUGCGAUAAUCUAUAAUAAUAAUAAUAAUAUACAGUUCAAGUUUAUCAAUGUAAAGCAUUUAUGGGUGUUGGCUA